CUUCCUCCAAUUUUUUUUUUUUCAAUUUUUUUUUUUUUUUUCGAUCCUCCGGCCCCCGCCACCACCUCAGGAUGGUUAUAGGAGAUCCCAUGUAUAACAGGGUUGACCUGCUGUUCCUCGAGCGCGGGGUUUCUCAUAAGUGAAGCCUAGCACGGCACAUAUUCCCAUCACACCGGACCAUGGCGGCUACUCGUACUCAGCAACGUAACGUGGCGUCGACGCCUGAUGAACUAACUUUGAGGGGCGCACUAGAUCUCGGGCUCGAAUCGGGCUGUCUCAAUCACCACCGUUACACGAGGUGUUGGAAAAGCAAUUAUGCAUUCACGUACGCAUGUUGGCAUGGCCUUGGGCUAGAUCCCUUUUCCCCCUCUUUUUGCAUCUCCUUCUUCCUUCUCCUCUCUUCUGUUCCUUCUUUCAGUUGUCUUCCCUUAGACUCCUCUCUACCUUGUCCCUCCCUCUCCUCUUCAAAAGCGUUGUAAUAUCUCUAGUAACCACUUGGGUUUCUUGCUCUAUAUCAAGCUCCAGAAGCUGAACAAGUCAAAAACAUCUCACAAGAUCAGCACCACCAUGUGCACUCUCAUCGUGUUGCGCUGUGACUGCUGGCAGCGGACUCACGAUGAGUCCAGACUGGAGCUUUGUGCUACUGCCAAGGACGGUGGCCGCUGCGCCAACAACAACGUCCAACUGGCUGGAAACACUGGCCAAGGCGGCACGGUUCUUGUCGAGAUUUGGAAAGACAGUCCUUGCCCUGUGACUGGGAAGAUUCGCAACGUUCACGACACUCUGUGAGCACAACAACAAUGCAGUAAAGCCAACGUGAGUUCAUCAACCUCGUAUUCACGACUUCCACCUACAGCCAAUCCAGCUACGGUACGAGGUAUGAUAAGGCACACGGGACAAGAGUAAUCAAGUUUUAGUCCGGUACGGUUUGGUGUCUCGCAUCAUGUAGAGAAGGAAGGGAUACUUGAUGUUCCCGUCUAGGAUAGCAUCAAGUUGUAAUAUAUCCCCAGCCCGUCACAAAC